UGUCAGGGUGUCGAUCGAAUCAGUACAAAAUCUGGUUCAUGCUCAUUGACACACUGUCUCAGUGCUGUCAGUUUUCCCUUUACUCUCCCUUUAAUUUCCUAAGCACCGUAAUCAUUCCACAUAUUAAAGCGUGUGCGGAGAGACAGACAGUAAAAACACAGAGAGGAAAGUAAGAAAUACCAAUCACUGAUCCCACAGAAUGAACCCAAAACCCAAAGCCAUAAUAUACACCGAGCCAGAGGAGAGAGCAGGGAACAUCAUGAGCUGUGUGUCUUCGUUUUUGUAAAUUUGUGCCACAAGCAACCCAAAACAACCCAACAACAAGCACCACAAAAUUCACACGCAUCCUCGUUCUCUUUCUCUCAACGAGUUUCAGGUUUGCGUUUGCGCUAGUGGCAAUGGUGAAUGGUGCUGAAAUAACACACUUCCAUUGGUUUCUUAGUGUAUCCAUCCAUAUAUUGUUCUAACCAUAUAGCAUUUAUUUAAGUAGUUGAGGCUUCUUUUUGCAACUGUUUUGGGUUUGGUCAUUGAAUCAAUGUCAAGACCUCUUCAGAGAGGUGUUUCUGGGAUUCAGAUCCCUGAUUCCCAAUCCAAAGAGAAAACAGAAAAAGAAGAUUUGGAUAAAAAGGCUCCCUCAGAUCAAAGCCCUUCUUCUUUAUCGCUUAGAUUCCCUUUGAGGCUGCUCUUUGCAGAUAGUAAUAAUAGUAACAAUUCACCUUCUAAAUAUGGCAACAUCACAGACAAUGGUUUUGCUUCUGAUCCAUUCAUUGUUGGGUCCCCAAGAAGUCGGCUUAACUUGUUGCAUUUCUUGAAGUUCAGUUUGCUGCUCAUAGUUGUUCUUGCACUUACUGGAUCCUUUUGGUGGACAUUGUCUAUUUCUUCCUCGUCGAGGGGUCAUGUUUACCAUGGUUACAGGAGGCUCCAAGAGAGGCUUGUUUCGGAUUUGUUGGAUAUUGGUGAGUUUACUCGCGGUCCAGCGAAGUUAAAGGAAUUGGAAUUUUGUUCUCAGGAGUUUGAGAACUAUGUUCCUUGCUUUAAUGUUUCUGAGAACUUGGCUUUGGGAAAUUCUGAUGGCAAUAAGCUUGAUCGGCAAUGUGGCCGCGAGCUCAGGCAAAAUUGUUUGGUGCUUACGCCGGUGAAUUAUAAGAUUCCGCUUAGGUGGCCUACUGGAAGAGAUGUUAUAUGGGUAGCUAAUGUGAAAAUCACUGCACAGGAGGUUCUUUCUUCUGGGAGCUUGACAAAGAGGAUGAUGAUGCUUGAUGAAGAGCAAAUUUCCUUUCGCUCCGCUUCUCUCAUGUUUGAUGGCGUCGAAGACUACUCGCAUCAAAUUGCGGAAAUGAUUGGACUUAGAAAUGAGUCUAGCUUCCUACAAGCCGGGGUUCGAACAAUACUGGAUAUUGGCUGUGGCUAUGGUAGCUUUGGUGCGCACCUCUUUCAGAGUCAACUUUUGACGAUGUGCGUAGCAAACUUUGAGCCUUCAGGAAGUCAAGUUCAGCUUACACUUGAGAGGGGUCUUCCAGCCAUGGUUGCUUCUUUCACUUCAACACAGUUGCCAUAUCCAUCGCUCUCCUUUGAUAUGUUACACUGUGCAAGAUGUGGCAUUGAUUGGGACCAGAAAGGUGGCAUUUUCUUGAUUGAGGCUGAUAGGCUUCUAAGACCUGGUGGAUACUUUGUCUGGACAUCGCCACUUACAAAUGCUCGAAACAAAGAGAGUCAGAAAAGGUGGAAGUUUGUACAGGAUUUUGCACAAAGUAUUUGCUGGGAAAUGUUGUCCCAGCAAGAUGAAACUGCCGUAUGGAAGAAAACUAGUAAAAAGAGUUGCUAUAGUUCAAGAAAGCCUGGUUCUGGUCCUUCUUUGUGUGGUAAAAGUCAUGAUAUAGAGACUCCAUAUUAUCGAGUACUGCAAAAUUGCAUAGGAGGAACACAGAAUAGCCGUUGGAUUCCAAUUGAAAAAAGGGAAGCAUGGCCUUCUCGAGCUAACUUGAACAAGAACGAGCUUGCAGUCCAUGGGUUGCAGUCUGAUGAACUUGCCGAGGACACUGAUAGCUGGAAAACAGCAGUCAACAAUUAUUGGUCGCUCCUGUCACCUUUAAUAUUUUCUGACCAUCCGAAGAGGCCGGGCGAAGAGGACCCUUCACCUCCUUACAACAUGUUCAGGAAGUUUGGUGGUUUCAAUUUGGCAUUGCUGCAAGCUAAAAAGUCUGUCUGGGUCAUGAAUGUGGUUUCAAUGAGUGGGCCAAACCAUCUUCCUUUGAUCCAGGACAGAGGUUUCGUUGGCAUUCUGCAUGAUUGGUGUGAGGCAUUUCCAUCAUACCCUAGAACCUAUGACUUGGUGCAUGCAGCAGGACUUUUAUCCCUUGAAUUCGCCAAGCCCCGCAGAUGCACUAUGCUUGAUCUGUUCAUUGAAAUUGACAGAUUGCUUCGCCCAGAGGGUUGGGUUAUCAUUCGAGAUACAGUUCCUUUAGUAGAAUCAGCAAGAGCUCUAACGACUCAGCUGAAGUGGGAUGCAAGGGUGAUAGAAACUGAAAGUGACAGUGAUCAAAGAUUGCUGAUCUGCCAGAAACCUUUCUACAAGAGACAAUCAAGCUAAUUCAAGAAUAUUGAAUUGAAGGGCAAUAAUAUUCAUAUAUAUUCAUUCCACCCAUGAAAUGUUUUUCAUUUUGUAUUAUCAUAAAAAGCUCAACCAUAGAAAAUUGGGCAUUGAAAAAAUUUUGGACACAGGAUGCCAAAAAGCAGAGGAAGCGGGGAAUAAAGAAAGAAAAUAUAGAGGAAAUAGUAUAAUCCUUGUACAUUUCCUAUGUAGCCGUAAGGUGUGCAUAGGGCCAAUGUAAUUACCAAAGAAGUCGCAGGAGCUGAUAUGAAAAAAGUAUACUGGUAGAUUUACUUUUCUAUGAUAUAUGUUUGAUUAUAGAUACACAAAAUUAAAUUGGGUGAUGGUUAUAGAAUAAGUUACUGCUAUUUAUUGUGGUGUAUAAAUUAUGAUAAUGUUCUGCAUCAAUUCCGCUUUAUAUUUAUAGAAUUAUUCCUCUUCAAAUGUCAUUUUGUAGUGUCCUUGAAAUGUACCUUGUAAAGGCUUGGUAACAACGGGAUAGUUUGUCAA